UAUGGUCAUCCUUUUCGUGUCCGGUGGCUCUAGGACCUCGUGCAGGGCCUUGCUCGUGCUGUGCAUAUGUUCCGCUUCGAAAUUACUUCGAUAACCACCUAAGGACGGAUAUAUUAGUACAAUUGUUAGUUUUCUUAUAGAACAACUGUCUACAAGUCGCCGCCAUCAUGCCGCUGUCGUGCCGAUUUUAUUCGCAAAAGUUCCCCGAGAUAGACGACGUGGUGAUGGUGACGGUACGUCAAAUCGCCGAGAUGGGCGCCUACGUGCGCCUGCUCGAGUACAACGACAUCGAGGGCAUGAUCCUGCUGUCGGAGCUCUCGCGGCGACGCAUCCGAUCCAUCAACAAACUCAUCAGGGUCGGCAAGACAGAGCCCGUCGUCGUCAUGAGGGUUGACAAGGACAAGGGCUACAUCGACCUGUCCAAGCGGCGUGUCUCGCCCGAGGGCAUCGAGGAGUGCACUGAGAAGUACUCCAAGGCCAAGGCGGUGCAGUCGAUCCUGCGGCAUGUGGCAGAGCUGCUCGGCUACGAGACCAACGAACAGUUCGAGGAGCUCUAUCGGAAGACCGCCUGGCACUUCGAGGAGAAGAGCAAGAAACAGGGCUCGGCGUACGAUGUCUUCAAACAGGCCGUCAAUGAGCCGUCGCUGCUGGACGAGUGCGGUCUGGACGAAAAGACCAAGGAAAUGCUGCUGCUCAACAUCCAGCGAAAGCUGACGCUGGCCUCCGUGAAAAUCCGCGCCGACAUCGAGGUCGCCUGCUACGGGUACGAGGGUAUUGACGCCGUCAAGGAGGCGCUGCGGGCCGGCCUAGCCUGCUCCACCAAAGAUAUGCAGAUCAAGAUUAACCUGAUUGCGCCUCCCCUCUAUGUUAUGACUACGAAUACGCCAGAGAAGCAGGACGGCCUGAAAACGCUGGAGGCCGCCUGCGACGCCAUCCGGGAAAGCAUCAAGGCGCAGGGCGGCAAGUUCGAGAUAAAAAUGGCGCCCAAGAUUGUCACGGACGUGGACGAGGCGGACCUGCAGAAGCAAAUGGACACGGCCGAGGCCGAGACGCGGCAGGUGGCCGGCGACGACUCCGAGAGCGGCUCCGGCUCCGGCUCCGACUCCGACGGAGAGGGCGACGGCGACGAGGACAAGGCCGAGGAGUGACCCGCCCAGCGGCCGGCCCGGGGCGCGCAGGACGCACUGGCCCCGUGAACGUGUGAGCGAUGAGACCGCGGCGGUGCUGAGCAGGGCCGGCCUCCCUAUACCGAACUCUGAUCUGCCUCUGGAGUCCUUUCCGCUGCCGCUGUCAGCUCCCCGGACUGUGGCCAGGCGCGACUCAGCUGCCGCCGCCCGGCCUCUCACUGCAGCUCCUGCGGCCCGGCGCCCCGGCGGACGAACGGACGGAGCGGCCGACUGGUGGUGGGACCGCGCUGUCGGACCGGCCGGGCGCGCGCGGCCGUUCGCCAGACACCUGACACGUUCCAGGGUCCGAAUGCUUUUAUAUUUUGGAGUUGCCAAGGAGCGCCGACCGGUUGUGAGGGCGUGGCGCGCUCUGACGUGACGUGACGUGAUGAAAUAGAUGUCCACCGUGA